AUGUCUUUCAGGUCUGUUGAAUCAACAGCAUUUAUUAAUAUCCUACGUCUGAAGAGUAUUAAAAUUUUUUCAGCUAAAGCUAGCCCAUUAAUUUUAGCAGGACUUAAACAAAUGAGAGCAAAAUCACCAGAAGUUAAACAAGCAUUUGAACAAUUAAAAUUAGAUUUAAAAUCAUCAUUAGUAUUAAAACCACCAGAAAUUAAUGCAACAUAUAUAAUAACUACUGAUGCAAGUGAUUAUGCUCUUGGAGCUGUUAUUGAAAUAUUAGAUAAGAAAACUUCAAAGAUCAAAGGUACAGUUGCAUUUUAUUCAAAAGCUUUAGAUAAACACCAAAGGAAUUAUAGUAUUAGAGAGAAGGAACUUUUAGCAAUCAUACAAACUUUGACUAGAUUUAGACAUUUUUUGCUUGGUUCAACAAUUGUAAUUAAAACAGACCAUAAAUCACUACAAUAUUUAAUUAAUAAUAAAAAACCACCAUCAUCAAGGUUAUCAAGAUGGCUAGAUGUAUUAUCAGAAUUCGAUAUUACUAUUGAUUACAUCAAAGGAAACACAAAUAUUGCUGAUGCAUUAUCUAGAAAAUUUACUGAAUUAGUUAAAUCAGAUACAGAUUAUGAUGCAAAUGAUUCAGAAGGUCUUACAAUUGCUAAUACUACUACUUCUCAUAUUGAAACUCAUCCAUUAGGUGAAGAUAUACUUGAAGAAAUUAAAGAAAGUUAUUCUCAAGAUGAACAAGCUCAUGAAAUUCAUUAUUAUCUUUCAAAUCAAUUAGAUCCACCAAAUUCAAUCAAAUACAGAAUUAAGAAAUUUAAUUACAGAAAUGGUAUUUUAUAUUUUAAAAGAUUUGAUUAUCGUGCCGAACCAAUUGAAAGAAUAUGGAUUCCAUCAAACUUAAAUUACAAAGUCAUCGAUUUACACCAUUCACCAGAUACAACUUUACAUCCUGGAGCAGAAGUUACUUAUUUAGAAAUGGUAAAGUUUUAUUACUGGCCAAAUAUGUUUAAUUCAAUUAAAAGAUUUGUUAGACAUUGUAAUAUUUGUCAAGCUAUUAAACCAAGAAAUAAUUCAAACUUUGGAUUACUUCAACCAUUACCAAAAAUAAUGCUAGAUGAAAUAUCUAGACUUCAUGGUUUACCAGAUGAAAUUAUACAUGAUAAUGAUGUUAGACUUGCAACUCAUUUUUGGCAGGAUUUUUUCAGAGAACUUAAAGUUGAAUUACAUUUUACAUCAGUUUAUCAUCCACAAUCUGAUGAUCAAACUGAACGUACUAAUAGAACAUUAAUUGCAUUAUUACGUGCUUUUGUUAAGAAAAAUGAUCAAGAUUGGUUAUUGAAAUUACCUAUUGUUGAAUAUGCUUAUAAUGCUCAUGUUCAUAAAGCUAUAAAAAUGACGCCAUUUGAAGCUGAUUUAGGUUAUAUUCCAAAAGCACUUCAUGUUGAUUCAAGAUUAAGACAAGCUUUUCCUAUUAGUCUGCUACCAAAUAAUUCGGAUUAUACAUUUGAUUUCGCAAAUAUGUUAAAACUUCAUCAAACUUUAAUUCCUCACAACAUAUUAGAAUCACAAGCUUCAAUGAAAAAACAGUAUAACAAACAUCGACAACCAUUAAAUUUAAAAACAGGAGAUUCAGUUUUAAUAAAUAGAAAAGCAAAUAUAAUUACAACAUCUUUCAGAACAACUAAACAAUCUAAUCUUUGUUUUGGUCCCUAUAGAGUCAUAAAAGCAGAUCCUAAUAAACCAAACAAUUAUUUACUUGAACUUGGACUUUCACCCGAUCAUAAUAGAAGUUUCAAUGUUAAAUUUCUUAAGAAAUAUAAUCAAUCGAAUACUGAAUAUCCUUUAAGUACCAAAUCUUAUUCACAAACAUGGGCUAGAAGAGGUAAAAUUGAUAAAAUGGUAGGAUUAAAUACAAUUGCUAAAAAAGUUGCUUUUACUUUUAAAGAUUGUGAUCCGUUUCAUGCUGUCUUAUUUGAUUUAGAUGAAGCAAAAGAAGUUAUUAGAGAAGAUUAUUUUAACAAACUUCUAAGGAUUUAUAACAGUUCAAAUCAUGUUGUAUCAAGUGGUCCUGAAGUUCAAUCAGAAGGUUCAAUCGAAGACGAAGAUGUUGAAAUGGUAGAUGCAGAUUAA